ACUAUUCAAUGGAAGUAUGUUAUCAGCUGCCGGUGUUGCCUCUAGACAGGCCGGUUCCCAAGCAUGUCCUCAGCCGGAGGGGAGCCAUUAGUUUCAGCUCCAGCUCCUCUCUGUUCGGGGCUCCUGAUCCAAGACAGCUGUCACAGAGACGGGGGGCCAUCUCGUACGACAGCUCCGACCAGACGGCACUGUACAUUCGUAUGCUAGGAGAUGUGAGAGUAAGAAGUCAGGUUGGAUUUGAACCGGAACGAAGAAGCUCCCAUCCCUACCUUUGCAUCGACUUCCGAACUCUUCAUGCACGACUGGGCUGUGGUUCUCCAUCGUCCAGCUCUGGUACUGAAAGGAGGGUUCACAGACUGCUCAGCUUCCAGAGAUACCUGCACUCGUCUCGCCUGCUGCGGGGAAUCGCCCAGCAGAUCCCCCUCCCCAUCCUCGAUGAAGACUAUAGUGGACAGGCUAGAUGCAUGCUGGAGAAAGUUGGCAACUGGAAUUUUGACAUUUUCCUCUUUGAUAAGUUGACAAAUGGGAACAGCCUGAUCACCCUGACCUUCCACCUGCUCAACCAGUAUGGCUUGGUGGAGCUCUUCCAGCUGGAUAUGGUCAAAGUCUGGAGGUUCCUGGUCUUGGUUCAGGAGGACUAUCACAACGACAACCCAUAUCAUAACUCUGUUCACGCUGCAGACGUCACACAAGCCAUGUUCUGCUUUCUGCAGGAGCCCAUGCUUGCAAAGUCUCUAACAUCCUAUGACAUCCUGCUGGGACUUCUCGCAGCAGCCACUCACGACCUGGACCACCCCGGGGUCAACCAGCCUUUUCUCAUCAAGACUGACCACUAUCUAGCAACACUCUACAGAAAUACCUCAGUUCUGGAAAACCACCACUGGAAGUCUGCAGUGGGUCUCCUCAGAGAGACCGGGCUGUUUUCUCAUUUACCCAUGGAGGACAGUCUCAACAUGGAGAGAGAUUUGGGCUCCUUAAUCCUGGCCACGGACAUCAGCAGACAGAAUGACUACCUGUCCAGGUUUCGCACACACCUUGACCAGGACAACCUGUGCUUGAGCAACGCCAGUCACCGUCACUUCAUCCUGCAGAUGGCCCUGAAGUGUGCAGACAUCUGUAACCCCUGCAGACCCUGGGAGAUGAGCAAACAGUGGAGUGAGAAAGUGACAGAGGAGUUCUUCCAACAGGGAGACAUCGAAAAGAAGCACAAGCUUGAAGUCAGCCCAGUUUGUGACCGAGAAGCAAACACCGUUGGCAACAUUCAAAUAGGUUUUAUGACCUACGUGGCAGAGCCGCUGUUUGCAGAGUGGGCGCGUUUCUCCGACACACGUCUGUCCCAAACUAUGCUCGGCCACAUGGGGCUGAACAAAGCCAGCUGGGGCGGCCUGCAGCAGGAACAAAGCCCCGGCUCAGAGGAGGCGGAGCCUAGCGCAGCCGCCACAGACAGCGCCGCAGCAGCAGCGACAGAAAGCAGCUCCAAAGAAAUACCUCAGGGAAGCAGAGAAUCCUGACACUCCUCGUUUGCCCUUUGGCCUCCUGAACUCUGACCCCUCACCACGAUCUGACGAUCCACCCUGCAGCUGACCCACCGAACACCUUUUUUUUUUUUUUGUCUUGUUGCUUUGGCCUCCCAUCCUGAUAAA